CUUUUCCUCGUGGAUUCCAAAUCAGAUAACAAUUUGCCCUCGGCACUUCGCCAAUUUGACUUGAAAAUACGCCCCAGCCCGGGCCCCAGCCGGGACCGGUUAUCGGGCACAGCGCAUCAAUAAAUACAGACCAACAAUCUUUCAGAGGAGUAGUCUAAUCAGAGGAGUAGUCUAAUCAACUUUUCCAGCGACACAAUGAGCAACGUCUACAAACACCUGGAGAUUGAGCCAAAAGGAGACGUCUUCAUCGUCACCCUCCGAAAUGGCGAGGACAACCGUCUGAACUUUGCCAUGUGCAAGGAGCUGAUGCAUGCUCUGGGCGCGAUUCGAGAUCAGCUGAAGACCGGAAGUGACGGGGCGCUGAUUGUACGAGGGCACAAUAACAAAUUCUUCACCAAUGGCAUCGAUCUCGAAGAAGCAGCGCAAAACCCAGAAGGCUCGGCGGAUUCUUUCUACCCUCUCCUCCACGCAAUUCUCGACUUCCCUUUCCCCACAAUCGCCAUCGUCUCCGGGCACACCUUCGGCGGUGGCUGCCCCUUCUCCCUCGCCUUCGACUACCGCAUCAUGAACAGCAAACGUGGGUUCUGGUGCAUGGUCGCCGUUGACUUCGGCCUGCAUUUCCCUGGCAUCGGGUCGCUCGUUAAGUCCAAGCUGACCCCGCGUGUUGCCCGAAAGGUCCUGCUAGAGGGCCACAAGUUUACCGGUAAGGAAGCAUUGGCAGAUGGGAUUGUGGAUCAGGUUGCCCAGCCCGAGGAGCUGCUGUCGACGGCCAUGGAGCUGGCGGAAAAAGUGAAGAGCAAGGGGCGUGGAAAUGUCUAUGGUCUUCUACGGGCCGAGCUGAACCUCGAGCCACUGCAUCGGCUGAGGGAUAUCAGUUACGUGCAUAACGCGCGCCGGGCACCUAUGGGAGGGGUCCCGGGGAGGCUGUAG